CGGACGCGGUGGGAUCGAGCUGGCGCUGAGGAAACCCACCCCAACCGAACCGGGCGUGGGAGGGGGCGGCCGAGGACCUGACUCCCGCGCUGGCCCGGACCCCGGGCCCCUGAGCCAUCCCUGGGCCUCAGCUGGAGCAGGACCCACCCGAGCCCCGGAUCCCACCUCGGCGCCACCCGGAGCCCCCUUAGCAGGCGAGACUGGGGCUGUGGUGCCGGAGGGUUGCCCCCUUUUUCCUGGGGUCCUUCAGCUUGCUGUCAGCCACAGGGCUGCGGUGCUCAGGCCGGCCUCAGGACGAGCCCUGACCUUGGGACCGUGGACUGCCCCUGGGGGAGCCUUGGCGGUGCCCUGCAUCACCUUCCCAGAGCUGGCAGGCUGCCCGCCCCCGGCCGCGCCGCCCCUGCCCUUCCUGUUUUUUCCAAGCUCUGAAAGGCUGCUGGCACCUCCUGUUGGCUGCUGGCUCAGGUUCUGGGCAGGAAGGCCAGGCCCACAGGAUGUCUGGUGACCAGGAAGGUAGCCCUGAGGGCCUCAGAGGCCAUCUGCUCGGUGGACAGAAGACUGAGGGCCUGAGAGAGGGGAGGGGUGUUCUAGAAACCUCCGGAGUGUUAUCUUCCUGAGUCCAGGCCCGGCUGUCCCCCACACCUGAAGACAGGGUGAGCUCACCUCUGGGCACUCCACCCAGUGCCAGGCAUGCGGCCAAGCCGUGGGGCCUGCAGGGCCUCAGCAGCACCUACUGGGCCCCAUCAGAUGCUCCCAGCAGCCUGGGUGGUGGGCAGGGGAGGGUGUGCGGGCCCAUUUUCCCCAAAGAUGUGGGACAGGGUCUUAGAACAGUGCACGAUUUGCCCGCACAGUGGAAGGCAGACCCUGCCCAGGCACUAGUGUGCUCUCCUGGCUGAGCUCUCACCACACACCUCGGGUGACCGGGCUCCCACAGUGCUCCCAGCACCAAGAGCACAGGAACCCCCAUGCCCAAAGGGGUGAGAGCUUGUCCUGGACAUGAGGUGAGACACAGCUCAGUCCCCAGGACCUGUCAGAGCCACACCGCAGUGCAGGCCCCAGGCACCCAGGGAGGCAGGGGCUGAGGUGCCCAGCGACACCCACUAACGCUUGGGCACUUGGGUGUUUGUGGAGUGACUAUAUGAAUGCCAGAAUCCAGAGCAGGCCUCUGGCCUGGGGCACUUCUGGACUCCCUGGGGCUGGGGGAGGGCCUGUGGCUGUCUUCAGAGUGUGAGAAAACCUGUGUGUGCUCCAGCUGCCCUUCUGUGUGCGACGGGUACAGUUACAGUAGGAGUGAGAAGACUGGUGUCUGUCCAUCUGUCGGCAAAUGCUGACCCCGCAGCCUCUGCUCUGUGUUGCCAGGCAGCUUCAAGCAGGGAAGGGCAUGGCCCUCCAGCCUCAGCCCACAGUCUGCCUCGCCACGGUGCUUCUCCUUUUACCUACUGUGUUGAACUUCCUGUCUUUGCUAUUAUCACACACACACACACCUGCCACUAGGAUGUUGCCUCAGCGGGGCCAGGCUGUCGGUCUCACUCACAGUGCACUGGAAUGGGUGCCUGGCUCUGGGUGGGGACUCAGCAAAUACUUCUCCAGUUAGUAGGAACAGACAUACACUCAAGAGAGACAGACUAUAAACCAGCAAGGAAACCUGAGCAGAGACGCCUCCUGCGAGUGAGACGUGGCAGUGGUUUGACAAGCCUGAGCGUCGGGGGGCCGUGCUAAGAGCCGGGCCAGGCCUGUGUGUCUGUGAGUGUGUGACCCGAGCAGAGCGAGUUCCUGUUGAAAUGGAUGACUUGGAGUCAGAGUUUAAUCUGAAAGUUGUCCUGCUCAGUUUCAAGCAGUGUCUCAACGAGAAGGAAGAGGUGCUGUUGGACCACUACCUCGCCAGCUGGAGGGGGCUGGUCAGGUUCCUGAACAGCCUGGGCACCAUCUUCUCGUUCAUCUCCAAGGAUGUGGUGGCGAAGCUGCAGAUCAUGGAGCAGCUGUGCGGUGGCCCCCAGCAGGAGCACUAUAGCACCCUGCAGGCCAUGGUGGCCUACGAGGUGGGCAGCCAGCUGGUGGACCUGGAGAGGCGCUCCCGCCACCCUGACUCGGGCUGCCGGACGGUGCUGCGGCUGCACCGCGCCCUGCACUGGCUGCAGCUCUUCCUGGAGGGCAUCCGCACCAGCCCUGAGGACGCGCGCACUGCCGCGCUCUGCACUGACUCUUACAAUGCCUCGCUGGCCGCCUACCACCCUUGGAUCAUCCGCCGCGCCGUUACCGUGGCCUUCUGUGCACUGCCCACACGCAAGGUCUUCCUGGAGACCAUGAACGUGGGGUCCCCCGAGCAGGCCGUGGAGAUGCUGGGCGAGGCCCUGCCCUUCAUUGAACGCGUCUACGACAUCUCCCAGAGGCUGUACGCCGAGCACGCCCUGCUGGACCUACCCUAGGGGCUGGCAGGCCCAGGUGGGGUGGGCUUCCCCUAAUCCAGAGCUGGGUGGGGGCAGCCGGGACCUAUCAGUCCCACCGUGGAACUUUCUGGGUCCCCCUGUGAGCUGAGCUCGUCGGGAGCCAUUCAGAGCAUCCAGCCGCUGCAGACAGGCUUCACGGAGAAGGCAGACGCUGGCCGUCUGCUCCACGCCCGGCCUCUCCUUUGCCUGGGCAUCUCAUCUUUACCCUCAGCUAAGGUACACUCAUGUCCAGUCAGGCCUUUCCCGGGUGGAUGAAGUGCAG